UCCUCGGCGUCCGGAGCGGGGCUGGCUCCGCCCACUCCCGACCUCCCGCGGGGGCCGUCCGAGCCUCGCGGGCUCCCGCAGGCCCCGCCUCGUGGGCAGGCGCGGCGGUCAUUGGACGGCGCUCGGCUGGCUGUCGCCGCGGUUGCUGGGAGAGGGAGGUGGGGGCGGGGCCCGCGGUGGUCCAAGGGGCCCGAGAGAAAGGCUGCUCGGCGCGGGCCAGCGGGCGGGCGGGCGCGCCGGGCGGACUCGAGCGCCUCGGCGGCGGUUUGCCUGGCAGCCCGCGCGGCGGCGUCGCGGUGCGGGCGCCGGUCCUCGCUGACAGCUCCGCGCCUUCCGGCCGCGCCACUCGGGAGGCGGCUUCCUCCCCGCGCUCCCUCCGCGAGUCCGCGCGGCCUCGGAGGAGAGCGGGAGGCGGCGGCAGCGGAGGUCGUCGGGGGCGGCGGGCGGCGAGCGCGCUCCCGCUUCCCCGGCGGCGGCCGCAGGACAAUGGAGGUGGCUGUGGAGAAGGCGGCGGCGGCGGCCCCGGCCGGGGUCCCCGCAGCGGCGGCGCCGAGCGGGGAGAACGAGGCCGAGAGCCGGCAGGGCCCGGACUCGGAGAGCGGCGGCGAGGCGUCCCGGCUCAACCUGUUGGACACUUGCGCCGUGUGCCACCAGAACAUCCAGAGCCGGGCGCCCAAGCUGCUGCCCUGCCUGCACUCGUUCUGCCAGCGCUGCCUGCCCGCGCCCCAGCGCUACCUCAUGCUGACGGCGCCCGCGCUCGGCUCGGCCGAGACCCCUCCACCCGCGCCCGCCCCCGCCCCCGGCUCCCCGGCCGGCGCUCCUUCGCCGUUCGCCACCCAAGUUGGAGUCAUUCGAUGUCCAGUUUGUAGUCAAGAAUGUGCUGAGAGGCACAUCAUAGACAACUUUUUUGUGAAGGAUACCACUGAAGUUCCCAGUAGUACAGUAGAAAAGUCUAAUCAGGUAUGUACAAGCUGUGAAGACAAUGCAGAAGCUAAUGGGUUUUGUGUGGAAUGUGUCGAAUGGCUCUGCAAGACAUGUAUUAGAGCUCACCAGAGGGUGAAGUUCACAAAAGACCACACAGUCAGACAGAAAGAAGAAGUAUCUCCAGAGGCAGUUGGUGUGACCAGUCAGCGGCCAGUGUUCUGUCCGUUUCAUAAAAAGGAGCAGCUGAAACUUUACUGUGAAACAUGUGAUAAACUGACCUGUCGGGACUGCCAGCUGCUAGAACACAAAGAGCAUAGAUAUCAAUUUAUAGAAGAAGCUUUUCAAAAUCAAAAAGUGAUCAUAGAUACUCUAAUCACCAAACUAAUGGAAAAAACAAAAUAUAUAAAGUAUACAGGAAAUCAAAUCCAAAACAGAAUAAUUGAAGUAAAUCAAAACCAAAAGCAGGUAGAACAGGAUAUUAAAGUUGCCAUCUUCACAUUGAUGGUAGAGAUAAACAAGAAAGGGAAAGCCCUGCUGCACCAGCUUGAGAGUCUUGCAAAGGACCAUCGAAUGAAACUUAUGCAACAGCAGCAGGAAGUGGCUGGACUUUCUAAGCAGUUAGAGCACGUCAUGCAUUUUUCUAAAUGGGCUGUUUCUAGUGGCAGCAGCACAGCAUUGCUUUACAGCAAGCGACUGAUUACAUACCGGUUACGGCACCUUCUUCGUGCAAGGUGUGAUGCCUCUCCUGUGACCAACAACACCAUCCAGUUUCACUGUGAUCCUAGUUUCUGGGCCCAAAAUAUUAUCAACUUGGGUUCUUUAGUAAUCGAGGAUAAAGAGAGCCAGCCACAAAUACCCAAGCAGAAUCCUGUCGUGGAACAGAGUUCACAGCCACCUGGUUUGGCUUCCAACCAGUUAUCCAAGUUCCCAACACAGAUCAGCCUAGCUCAGUUACGACUCCAGCAUAUGCAGCAACAGGUAAUGGCUCAGAGGCAACAGGUGCAACGGAGGCCAGCACCUGUGGGUUUACCAAACCCUAGAAUGCAGGGGCCCAUCCAGCAGCCUUCCAUCUCUCAUCAGCAUCCACCACCACGUUUAAUAAACUUUCAGAAUCACAGCCCUAAGCCCAAUGGACCAGUUCUUCCUCCUUAUGCUCAACAGCUGAGAUAUCCACCAAGCCAGAAUAUACCACGACAGACAAUAAAACCCAACCCCCUGCAGAUGGCUUUUUUGGCUCAACAGGCCAUAAAGCAGUGGCAGAUCAGCAGUGGACAGGCCACGCCCACAACUGCCAGCAGCUCAUCCUCCACUCCUUCCAGUCCCACAAUCACAAGUGCAGCAGGGUAUGAUGGGAAGGCUUUUAGUUCACCCAUGAUUGAUCUGAGUGCACCAGUGGGAGGUUCUUACAAUCUUCCAUCUCUUCCAGAUAUUGAUUGUUCAAGUACUAUCAUGUUGGAUAAUAUUGCAAGGAAAGAUACAAAUGUAGAUCAUGGCCAGCCAAGACCUCCAUCAAACAGAACGGUACAGUCACCAAAUUCAUCAGUGCCAUCUCCAGGCCUUUCAGGACCUGUUACGAUGACUAGUGUCCAUCCCCCAAUACGUUCACCUAGUGCCUCCAGCGUUGGGAGCCGAGGAAGCUCUGGCUCUUCCAGCAAACCAGCAGGAGCUGAUUCCACUCACAAAGUCCCAGUAGUCAUGUUGGAGCCAAUCCGAAUAAAACAAGAAAACAGUGGACCACCUGAAAAUUACGAUUUUCCUGUUGUUAUAGUAAAACAAGAAUCAGAUGAAGAAUCUAGACCUCAAAAUACUAACUAUCCAAGAAGCAUACUUACUUCCCUCCUCUUAAACAGUAAUCAGAGCUCUGCUUCUGAGGAAACUGUGUUAAGAUCUGAUGCCCCUGAUAGCACAGGAGAUCAGCCUGGACUCCAUCAGGAAAAUUCCUCAAAUGGGAAGUCUGAGUGGAUGGAUGCCUCGCAGAAGUCCCCUGUGCAUGUUGGAGAGACAAGGAAGGAGGAUGACCCCAACGAAGACUGGUGUGCAGUUUGCCAAAAUGGUGGGGAACUCCUAUGCUGUGAAAAAUGUCCUAAAGUUUUCCAUCUUACUUGUCAUGUGCCCACACUGACACAUUUUCCAAGUGGAGAAUGGAUUUGUACUUUCUGCCGAGACUUAUCUAAGCCAGAAGUUGAAUAUGAUUGUGAUACUCCCAGUCACAACUCAGAUAAAAGGAAAGCUGAAGGCCUUACUAAAUUAACGCCAAUAGAUAAAAGGAAAUGUGAACGCCUGCUUCUUUUUCUUUACUGCCAUGAAAUGAGCCUGGCUUUCCAAGACCCUGUUCCUUUAACUGUGCCUGAUUAUUAUAAAAUAAUUAAAAACCCAAUGGACUUGUCAACCAUCAAGAAAAGACUUCAGGAGGAUUAUUGCAUGUAUACAAAGCCUGAAGACUUUGUAGCUGACUUUAGAUUGAUCUUUCAAAACUGUGCUGAAUUCAAUGAGCCUGAUUCUGAAGUAGCUAAUGCUGGUAUAAAACUUGAAAGCUAUUUUGAAGAACUUCUAAAGAACCUUUAUCCAGAAAAAAGGUUUCCUAAAGUAGAAUUCAGGAAUGAGCCAGAAGACACUAAAUUCAGUGACGACUCAGAUGAUGAGUUUGUACAGCCCCGCAAGAAGCGCCUCAAGAGCAUGGAGGACCGCCAGCUGCCCAAGUGAGCAGCACAUGGCCACAUGCUGUCCUAGAAAUCUUUCUUUAAAAAAUAAACAAAAACCUGUCAGUGAUUUAACAUUGUGACAAAGGGUUUGUGAGCUCUCGGAUCUGUUUUUGCUGUUUACUGGACUUUGGUUUCUUUAAUAACUCAUUUCUUUAACCUCUUGUCAUUAAUAAUAAAAAAGAGGAAAGAAGGAAAUGGGUAGAAGAAGAAAAGAAGGAAAAAAGAUAGAAAAAGAAGAAACAGCAAAGAAAGAAAAGACAUUCUUCCCACUUCUUGAAUUUCAUACAACAAUCUGGAAUAAAAAGCUACAAUAGAGAGAAAAUAGAUUUUGAAGUAAGUUGAGACUUUAGUGUGAUUUGAGUGUGUGAUCCAUUUUUAGAAUAUUAAUUUCACUACCCAUUAAUUAUGGCCAAGCAUAGAGUUAGGUUUACUGUGUUUAAAAGCAGUCCUCCCCCAAUGUGAGUGGGAAGCAGAGUUUUCAGGAUGUCUGUUGGGAAAAGUGUAGACAGAUGCUAUUAAGAUACCAAUAGUGUCCAUGUAAGAUGGCAAAUGCAUUAAAGAAAAUCAGGAAAAUAAAUGUUUGUUUAUUGUUUUUGUUUUUAUCUUGUUUGUUAGAGAUUGUUGGGCAUAGCAGGUCUUUAAGGCCAUUCUUUCAUGUAUUUCUAGAUCUGCCUUCAGCUUCCUUGAAGGAAGGAGGUUUGCAUGUUAGAUGUUGCUGUUUGAUUUUGUCCCCCCUUCUGUGCAGAGCUUAUAGAGCAAGACUCAUUGCUUGUAAUGUGGCUAUUCUUUGGGGAGGGGGGGUUGAUUUUUGGAUUGGGUUGGUUUGGUUUGAUUUUUUUUUUUUUGAGACAGAGUCUGUGUAGUGCUGACUGCCAUGGAACUCACUCUGUAGACCAGGCUGGUCUCAAACUCAAUAGAUCCACCUGCCUCUACCUCCUGAGUGCUGGAAUUAAAGAUGUGUGCCACCACCACUCAGCUCACAGUGUGGCCAUCAAAUAUAAAAUAUAGUAGCAUGUACCAGUAUUUGACAGAUUUCUUCAACUAACACCCUGUGGCCACCCAGUUUAAGUUCUCUCAAAGGACUUUCACCUGUCUUAAUCAUUUCAAGGAAAGUAUAAUAUGGGUUUCAGAAGAGAUCAGUUGUGAGGGAUGGUGUAAGUGGAAAAAAAAAUUCUGAAGCAUUUCUUUUCUGGCUUUCUGUUUGUUUCUUUUUUUUUUUUUCCAAAGAAUUUCAUAUUUUAUUUUAAUCUUCCUUAAUUCAGAAUGAAAUUUUCUUUUUUGGAGAGAUAAAUUUUGUUUUUCUUGUUUGGUGGGGGUGUUUCGGUAGAGGUGAGUAGGGGUUUCAGAUGAACAAAUGAGAUUAACAUAGAAUAAAAUUAUUGUGUCGUUGUACUAGCCCAAUAUUUGACCGAAUACAAGAACAUUUUUAGUUUGCCAUGGUAAACUUUUAGUAUAAAAGCAUUUUAAUUGUUUGACUAGAGAAAUUUUUUUUCUUUAGGUUGACGGAAUAAAACACAGCUGACAUGAGGAUUUAUUUGGUUGCAUUGCCUCCCAUGAGUUAAAUUGUAGCUGAAUGUGGUAGCUGUAGUGGCACACACUUAUAAUGCCAGCAUGUGGAAGGUGGAGGCAGGAAAAGCAAAAGUUCAAGGUCAUAGCCAAGUUGGGGACAGCCUAUGCUAUGUGAGACCCUGUUUGUGGGGAAAAGAUGAUGAUUUCUAUCCACAUCACAUUACUUUCGAAGAUUGCUAGCUGGAGAAUGUUGUAUACAUGCCUUACUAGCAAAAGUUUCCCAUUCUCUAAGUAAACAACCUAUAAUGUUCCAGUUAUGUAUUGUAACAGUCUUAAUCAAUUUUCUAAAUAUGUGUUAUAUUGUGAUGUCUGUUGUGUCAGUUUGAAUAUGCAGCUGACAUUUGUUCUGCAAACACAGUCUGAACAAACUUUGACGAUUCAUAGACCCUUGGAAAAGUGGGGUUUUAUGUUCAGUUCAGUCUGGCCUUGAACUCUGACCCUUCUACCUCUACCUUCAUGGUGCAGGGAUUAAAGUAGUAUGCCACCAUGCCCUCAGCCUUGGUUUUUGUUUUAUUUUGUUUUGUUAUUUGGGGGAAGUGGGUACUUUGUAUACUUUAAACUUGUGCAGUUGAGUCCAACAUUUUGAGUGUAGCAGUUAUGGAACCUUUUUUAAUAUUUUAAAGAUUUAUUUAUUUUUAUUUCAUGUGUAUGCAUGUUUGCCUGCAUAUAUGUGUUACAUCAUAUGUGUGCCUGGUGCCUGCCCACUUAGGCUAGAAGAGGGCAUUGGAUACUCUGGAACUGGAGUUACUGAGGAUUGUCAGCUACCCUACGGGUUUGGGAACCAAACUUGGGUCCUCUGCAAGAGCAGUCUUAACCACUGAGCCAUCUCUGCAGCCCCAGCUGUGGAACUUUGGGUAAUAUAUUUCUUUUUGCCAUCACAGAAUGCUGUUCUCUUUGGUAUUCCAUACUUUGUCUUCCAUACUUGUCAUCUGAGUUAAAACGUAGUACUUGUGUAAAUUAUUUUGAAAAUUAUCACUAAGGGGGAGGUAGGGCUUAAAUAAAGUAAACAUAAUUUUUAUGUACUUCAGCCAGAAUAUGUGCUGAUAUACCCCAAACAGUCACCACUGUAUUCUAUGCCAUAAUAACCUUUCAAAAUAAUGUUAUGUUUUACCAUCACCAGUUUUUGCUGAAAGAGUUGAGAACCAUGUUUCCUGUAAUGAUACAUAAUAUAUUAUUAAAAGUAAA